GUACUUUAACAUCCGGUCGAAUUGUUUGUGGAAAGUUGCCAGUAGGCGGAGCAACUCGUCACAACUCUCAUCAGUCCGAGUUUUCUGUUUCUUACGCGAUUUUCUAGCGCCAUGAACACGCCAGGACGAACAGAACAAGCCAGGGCCAGCAGUGGUGCUGCACAGCCCACCCAGGUGAGAGGCUACAUCAUCACUUACCCUGCCAGGAUGAGGGACCCACAUUGCAUCUGCAACCGUGAUCCCACCACCGUCCUGUGUAAGAUGUGCGGCAAACUGUUCGAGGGUCGUGCACAGCAGAUGGAGUGUCCCAUCCACCCCAACAUCAUCCACCUGAUGGACCACGCCCUGUGCCCUGCUUGUCACCGGAACAAGUUGCAGGAGGCGAUGAAACAGAAGUCUCCUUCUACCACCACCAGUCGCAGGAGCAGCAUCACAUCCUAGAUUAUAGUGCCCCUACCUGCACAGAAGUACUGUGAUGUGUAGUGUCCUAAUAUUACGCACAUUCUGUUGUUUGGAGUUCUAACAUUAUACAAGCAGCUGUACAAGUACAGUAAUACUGUAUGUAUAUAUUUCCUACUAGUGUCCUCGACAUUGUACACUUUUCCUGUACCUCUGCCAGUUUGAUUUGAUUCUAUUGCUCUUUACAAAGUGUGUUACAUGUAGUAAGACAGCUUUACCUAAACAUUGUGUAACAUUCUGACCUGCCAUCUGUAAAUAAGUGUCAGAUAUACAUGUACUAGUAGCCUAUAUCUACAAUAUUUAUUAGAUUGUGGACAAUCAAAGAGGUACUGUAUGUCGUAGUCAUCAAAACUUGUGUCACAGUAAGUUGUGAAUGGACUACAUUUAGGUCCAGUAGAUCACAUCUUAUGAUUAGUUGUUAUGGAAACAACCUCGCUCCCUUGGGUUCAUGUCUGAAAAUAAUUUCAGUGUCAAGCUUGUUAUCUACAUUGCCUUUGUGUGUUCAUCUGUAAAAAGAGUUAAUUCCCCCACAUAGAUCUAUACACCCUUUAGUGUAUAGUAAUAGGGGCAGUGGCCAUCUCUAUUUGUUUAGCUCUUGGACUACACAGGUCACUACAGUAGGGGGCUAGUCCAGUGGUAGUGGUGAGUGUACAAAAACCAUAUUCAUAGUCUUUGCUUGAGCCCAACCUUCCAAAUGCUAGGCAAAGCCAUAGUCCAUUUGCAUUGCUUACUACUCUUUAUUUUUCUACUAACAAGUUAUCAGUAUGUCAAUAAAAACAUGCUCCUCCAAA